AUGUCGCGGCGGCGGCACCGGGACGAGAACGACGGGGGACAACCUCACAAAAGGAGAAAGACCUCUGAUACAAAUGAAACUGAAGAUCAUUUGGAAUCUUUAAUAUGCAAAGUAGGAGAAAAGAGUGCCUGCUCUUUGGAGAGCAACCUGGAAGGCUUGGCUGGUGUUUUGGAAGCUGAUAUUCCUAACUACAAGAGCAAGAUCUUAAGGCUUCUUUGUACAGUUGCACGUCUGUUACCUGAGAAGUUGACAAUUUAUACAACAUUAGUUGGAUUGCUGAAUGCCAGGAAUUACAACUUUGGUGGAGAAUUUGUAGAAGCCAUGAUUCGUCAACUUAAAGAAUCUUUGAAAGCAAACAAUUAUAAUGAAGCUGUGUAUUUGGUUCGUUUUUUAUCUGAUCUUGUGAAUUGUCACGUCAUUGCAGCCCCAUCAAUGGUUGCUAUGUUCGAAAAUUUUGUAAGUGUAACUCAGGAAGAGGAUGUACCUCAGGUGCGACGGGAUUGGUAUGUCUAUGCAUUUCUGUCAUCUCUGCCCUGGGUUGGAAAAGAAUUGUAUGAGAAGAAAGAUGCAGAGAUGGACCGCAUCUUUGCCAACACUGAAAGCUAUCUUAAAAGACGCCAAAAGACUCAUGUGCCCAUGUUACAAGUGUGGACUGCUGAGAAGCCACAUCCACAGGAAGAGUAUUUAGAUUGCCUGUGGGCCCAGAUUCAGAAAUUGAAAAAGGAUCGCUGGCAGGAGCGGCACAUCCUAAGACCUUAUCUUGCCUUUGACAGCAUCCUGUGUGAAGCAUUGCAGCACAAUCUGCCUCCUUUUACACCACCUCCUCACACUGAGGAUUCAGUAUACCCAAUGCCAAGGGUCAUCUUCAGAAUGUUUGACUACACGGAUGAUCCUGAGGGUCCUGUAAUGCCAGGGAGUCAUUCCGUGGAAAGAUUUGUAAUAGAAGAGAAUCUUCACUGCAUCAUUAAGUCCCACUGGAAGGAAAGAAAUACUUGCGCCGCUCAGCUGGUGAGCUAUCCUGGGAAGAACAAGAUCCCCUUAAACUACCAUAUAGUUGAGGUGAUCUUUGCAGAGCUGUUUCAACUUCCAGCACCCCCUCACAUUGAUGUGAUGUACACAACACUUCUCAUUGAACUGUGCAAACUUCAGCCUGGCUCUCUACCCCAAGUUCUUGCGCAAGCAACUGAAAUGUUAUAUAUGCGUUUGGACACGAUGAAUACUACAUGUGUAGACAGGUUUAUUAAUUGGUUUUCCCAUCAUCUAAGUAACUUCCAGUUCCGUUGGAGCUGGGAAGAUUGGUCAGAUUGUCUUACUCAAGAUCCUGAUAGUCCCAAACCAAAGUUUGUAAAAGAAGUUCUAGAAAAAUGUAUGAGGUUGUCUUACCAUCAGCGUAUAUUGGAUAUUGUUCCUCCUACCUUCUCAACUCUAUGUCCUGCAAACCCAACCUGCAUUUACAAAUAUGGAGAUGAAAGUAGCAAUUCUCUUCCUGGACAUUCGGUUGCCCUCUGUUUAGCUGUUGCCUUUAAAAGUAAAGCAACCAGUGAUGAAAUCUUCAGCAUUCUGAAAGAUGUACCAAAUCCGAACCAGGAUGAUGAUGACGAUGAAGGAUUCAGCUUUAACCCACUGAAAAUAGAGGUUUUUGUGCAAACUCUGCUACAUUUGGCAGCCAAAUCGUUCAGCCACUCCUUCAGCGCCCUUGCAAAGUUUCAUGAAGUCUUCAAAACCCUAGCUGAAAGUGAUGAAGGAAAAUUACAUGUUCUCAGAGUUAUGUUUGAGGUCUGGAGGAACCAUCCACAGAUGAUUGCUGUACUAGUAGACAAGAUGAUUCGUACGCAGAUUGUUGACUGUGCUGCAGUAGCAAAUUGGAUCUUCUCUUCAGAACUAUCUCGUGACUUUAUUAGAUUGUUUGUUUGGGAAAUCCUGCACUCUACAAUUCGUAAGAUGAACAAACACGUUCUGAAGAUACAGAAAGAGCUGGAUGAAGCUAAAGAAAAACUCGCAAGACAGCACAAACGGAGAAGUGAUGAUGAUGACAGAAGCAGUGACAGGAAAGAUGGGGCUCUCGAAGAGCAAAUAGAAAGACUGCAGGAAAAAGUGGAAUCUGCUCAGAGUGAACAAAAGAACCUCUUCCUUGUCAUAUUUCAGCGCUUUAUCAUGAUCCUGACGGAGCAUUUAGUACGAUGUGAGACGGACGGGACCAGCAUUUUAACACCGUGGUAUAAGAACUGCAUAGAGAGGCUCCAGCAGAUCUUCUUACAGCAUCACCAGACAAUCCAGCAGUACAUGGUGACCCUGGAGAACCUGCUCUUCACCGCGGAGUUAGACCCUCACAUCCUGGCUGUGUUCCAGCAGUUCUGUGCCCUACAGGCCUAA